AUGCUUAAUCUCUACACCGAAGUAGCCUUCCAGGCUGUGUCGCCCGCCGCUCCUUCAAUCCAUGAGAUUCCGCGCAAAAAUGGCUCUUUUAACGACAAGAUACCAAAUCGCAGAGAGAACUCCUACACCCGAGACGAAAACGAGUAUUCGGCGCAACAUUUGUCAUCGGAUGGCAGUGUAUACUUCCGCAGCAACCCAGAUGUGACCCCAAGAAGCUGUCUUUGGACGGUAUCGCGCAAUGCUCGAGUGCUGCAAAUACGACCUGCAGACCUAGCUAGAAACGAGCGAGAUACCAAGGAGGCAUACCUCACACUUCAAUUCGCCUUCCAAGACCCUAUUAGAGAGCACACAGUUGCGCUGACCGACUCCGACCACGAUGACGAUUUACACGCUUUUGUAUGCACCACCAAGGAGGAAAUCUACCAUCUAGCCAUUCCCUCCAGUGCAUUCAAGACGCGAGAUAUGCUUGACGCAGAUACAAAACAAUGGUGCUACGCUAUUGAGAACUCGUUAUUAUCCAUCAAUCACGUCUUUCGACUGCAUGCGCAAUCGCCCUUUGAGCUGUUUGUUUGCUUCACUAGCGGCAGUAUUCAGCGACUACAUCGCAAAGCAGAUGGCCGAAGGUGGGAAGCUGUCAACUACAGCGAGAAAUCGUCAUUCCUCGGACUCUUUGCGGGCGGAUCAUCGCGCAAGAUUGAAUAUGGGUCAACCGUGGUGGACAGCCGAGCCGCACAAGCGAUGCAAGCAUCCCCCGACAGCAAUUACCUUUACACAGUAUGCCUGAAUCAUCAACUUCGUGUUCGCCAUAUACCUACCGGCAAGCUUGUUGUUGCAAAAGAUCUUCUGGACCGCGAUGAAGACAAUCAAGAUAGAACACUCAGUGCAUUCGACCGUGGCCAUCUUCAGUACCUACACGGUGGUCCGGAGCUCAGAAACUCGAUGCUUGUCACUUUUUCACCUCGCGAAGGUGGUCAAUUCAAGUUCUGGGAUGUCAAAGGCGGCCUCACCGGUGACCCAUCGGUUGAGGACCGUUAUCCUGGGACGAAGCUGACUCCUCCUGACCCCGACCCAACUGGGAACACUGUCUGGUCAUUAAUUGGCUUUCGCCUCGUCCCGCUCGGCGGUCUGGAUGCUCGAGGCUCGGCUCAAUUGUGGGUGCUCUGGCGCAACAACAAUUAUCACAAGUUGUUCUCAGUGCAAUUUGAGUUCGAUGACAUCGAGCGGGACUGGGCAGAGCACAACUGGGUUGCUUCGACCUCAUAUUCGCGCGCUCAACGGGUCCCCGACGUCAUCAGCUCUGGUUCUGAGGAUGCUACCUCUGUUUGGCUCGAGUAUCUACUCCUCCCUGGAAGAUAUCCCGCCGACGUUCUCGAGACUGCCCUCUCUGUCUACACUUCCACAACCGUAGGUCCAUCACAGAAAUCCGCACCGCUCAAGGUUCGACUAUGUUCAGCUAUUGCGUCGAAUGCAUACCCGAAGAAGAAUGACAAGGGGGCUAUGAAUUUCGACUUGUUUGCGCACGAUAUCGAUCAAGCCUGGCGAAGCUUUCAUCGUGCUGUGGAAAAGAUCAAUGAUAUGAGGCAGGCUCCUCUCAAUCUGGCGUACGAUGAGAUGUCAAACCUGCCUCUUAUAGCGAUGACUGACCAGGUGGCUGUCGUCAGAGAGUGCGACAGGUUGGAACUGGUGGCACAGAACGAAACUGCGGAGCUAGAACGACUUGAGUCUGUGUGUUCUAGUCGCUGGCCGCAUCGCCAGAUCGUUCCAGAAGAACGAGGUCUUCCCUAUCAAGACCUUGCACAAGUGCUUCACUCGGCGCAAAUCUUUGUGGAUGAAUUCCCAACAGAGCUCGUACAAGAUCUCGAGACGGUCGUCGCGGACCUCUUGUUCGUCACGCAGGAGAAAUCACUUUCAUCGAGAGUCUACGAUCUGUACGAUGAAGUCAACUUCGGACAGGCUGUAUCAAAUGAUACCUUUGAUCGCCUUGAACGGAACUUCAAAGAUCUGGGUGGACUCAAUACAUUCAACAAUGAGCUUGUUCUCGCAGCUGUCGAUCUCCUGCCAGAGCCGUCUCCACGAAACAAAGACGAUAUGCUCCUGGUCAGCUCUAUCUUCGGCCUUGAUUCCUUAUCAGUCAGCAUCCGCGAAUACCUCUCCUUGACGCGGGACAUGUUGUGGAAUCUGCUUGUGCUGACGAUCUUUAUCGAGGGAGAGUUCUGUCAAGAUGGCGAAAGAAUACCUGGCUUCGACGCUGCAGAAUUGUUCAGCACUAUUGGACCUAUUUUGAAAACGGUGGACCGCAAUAUCUGGCUCGCGGAUCAUUCGAGAAGUGUUCCCUUGCAGGUCACAAACACCCAGACAUCCUCUGGUGCAUCUGAUCUUCAGACUGUGUCCUUUUUACAGGACAGAUUCUUGGGGGCCGUGAAACCAAGGAGUGAUGGCAGCAAACCCAGGAGUUACCUCCUCACUGCCCUUCUACACGAAGCAGUGGAAUUCAUUUCCAGCGAUGAUCCGGGAUACAAUAACGGCACAGUCAUGCUACAGUGCGACAUGCUGCAGCGCGGAGAAGUUCCACUGGCGACUGAGUUUUCUCGCUUCACUCCACAAACUCCAUGGGCAAUCUAUAUCAAAGGUCGUCUUGCAAUAGCUAAGCAACAAUACGAUCAGGCCGAACAGUAUUUCCGACAGGCUGCGUACGGUCUUGCGUGCGGUAGGGCCCUGGGCGAUCUUCAUCAGCUAUCAUUUGGCUACAUCACCACUCUUGAGAUUGACUCGUUCAACAAUGGGCUGCCACGCUAUUUCCAACAUGUCUUGAAUCUUUUCGAUACAGCCAAAGCACAUGCUCAUUCAGUACACUUCGCUCGGCUGGCGCUGAAGGCACUCACGCCUGACCAGAAGCUACCUUUAGCAACUUUCCGAACAGAAUUGCUUUCACGGCUGUUCACCGCAGAGAUGAAGCUUUCAAGAUAUCAAGCUGCUUUCAGUACGCUAGCUCAGUUUUCCGAUGUAGCGUUGCAAAAAGCUUCGACUGCGACGCUAAUCACAGCCAUCCUCGAUCCUGAGAAGGCCAUGACAUCCGUGUCGGAUUCAGUGGCAACUCUGCAGUCAAUGCCAUGGUCACUACAUCCCAAUCUGGCAAAGCAAUUGGAUGCGCAGCUCAACACUCUUGCUAAGAAGCAGAAAUCAAUAUCGGCACACAACAAGCGUUCGGACGCCCCUGAUGCUGGUGUGGAUUAUUUGAAGGUCGUUCACGCUAUGCGCCUCACGCAAGGCGAUUACCGGGGCGCUGUCGCUGCACUGUAUGACCGGCUGCGACUGGUUCAGCGUCAAGGUAGACUACGUUCUGAUCCCGAAGCCAUCGUGCUACGUCACGCGCUACUCAGUCUGAUCAACGUGAUGACAUGCGUGCCAUCCGACGAGGCGUACAUACUCGCUGAAGCUGAUGACGAGCGGAAUCGAGAGAAUGGAGCGGAAGUAUCAGGGCCGAGAAAGAAGCGGAGGAUUAUCAUCACCCUGGCCGACUUGAGGAGAGAGUAUCAGAGAGUGCUUGACCGCUGUGCUCGUGUAGAGAGAGGAGAUUUCGGCUUCAGUGAUGGCGAAGACAGCGAUGAGGAUAUGAUGGACGGGACUUCAAGGCUGGAGCUAACUAUCAUGAAGGAUUAA